AUGGUCAAGAAGGGAAGACAAAUUAAAUCCAACGCUAUGGACAGAAUCAAUGAGUUGUCUGAUGACUUGCUGGUUAAGAUAUUAUCGUUUGUUCCGACGAAAGUGUCUGUAUCCACUAGCAUUCUGUCUAAGCGAUGGGAGUUUCUCUGGAUGUGGGUGCCUAAGCUCGAGUACAUUGAUUUCGAAUACAAUCGUUCAAAGUCUUCAUUGCUGAGGUAUCGAGAUUUUAUUAACAAGAACCUGCCUUUACAUAAAGCUCCCAUCAUAGAAAGCUUGCGCCUCAGAUUUCUUUCUGCAUUAUUCCGACAUGCGGAUCUCAACCUAUGGGUUGAAAUUGCAGUCUCUCGCUGCGUCCGAGAGCUAGAGCUAUGUAUUGACCAUGAUUCAGUAUUGCCGAAUAGUUUAUAUACCUGCAAAUCGCUCGUGACUUUGAAACUUGAAGGAAAUAAGGUUCGUGUAAAUGUCCAUGGAACGAGAUUAGUCUUAUUUAUACACAGUGUAUGUUCUUCUGGUGGGUGUGUGAUAGAUACCCCUUCUUUGAAGUAUUGCGAAGUUGAGGACCACAGAGACAGUUUCUCCUAUUCGAUUAAUCAUAUGCCAAAGCUGGAAGAGGCAGAUGUCACUGUUGGGAAAGGUCUCCAAGAGUUUCUCGGAUCAAUCACAUCUGUCAAACGUCUUACAUUAACAUGUCCAGCAUCUUUCAAAAAUGUAGAAGAGUUUAUGUACCCUGCUGGUAUUGUCUUCGAUCAGCUUGAAAAUCUGAAGCUAAUUACAUACAAGAAUGGUUGGUUGAAGUUACUUUUCAGGUUGCUCAAUGAUUCUCCUAAACUGCGAGUUCUCAGGCUCCCCGUCUUUGGAUAUGUUGUCGACCAAGAACAGAUUAGCUGCAGCAUUGAACAGAGUUGGAUUCCUGAAUGUUUGUUGAAGAGUCUUGAAACUUUCGAGUUUGAAGGGUGCGACAAGGGAAAAUUAGAAGAGAGAGAGUUCUUGAGUUUUCUCUUCAAACAUGCUCGUUGCUUGAAGCCUCCAUCAUUCUUGAGCUGA